CAUAACUGGAGUGGUAAGCGGCAAUGGCAUCCACCGAAAUUAGCCUUAAGCUCCUUAUCGACACAAAGUGUCGCAAAGUCCUGUUUGCAGAAGUUGGGAAGGACUUCGUGGAUUUUCUAUUUGCCCUUCUUUCUUUCCCAGUUGGGACUGUCAUUCGGCUCCUCUUAAAGAAUGGUAUGGUGGGUUGCCUAAGCAAUCUAUAUGAAAGCAUAGAAAAGCUGAAUGAGACAUACUUGCAACCUAACCAGAACAAGGACACCCUUCUGAAGCCCAAAGUUGCUGUCGUUUCUGGCUAUGAUGCCCCUCUCUUGCUGACAGAAGAUGAAUCCAUUAACAGAAAGCAAUAUUACAUGUGUUCCAAUUACCAUCAUAAUGUGGCUGAUAAUCCAAAAGCCAUUUGUCCUGCGUGUAAACGCUUGAUGAAUACUGAGAUUCCUUUUGUUGCUCCAACGAGGACAACGUCUGAUCAGAUAUCGUCCGAUGAGGGAGGUUUUGUGAAAGGGGUGGUUACUUACAUGGUGAUGGAUGACUUGGUAGUCAAACCCAUGUCUACUAUUUCCGGUAUAACGUUGCUCAACAAGUUCAAUGUCCAGGAAUUAGGUUCUCUUGAAGAGAGGGUGGUUACUUUUGACAUGGCUGAGGGUCUGAAGCUGCUGAAGUACUCCCUGAGUUCCAAGACAGUUCUAAGCAGUGUUUUCCUUGGGAAUACAGGGCCGUAGGAGCUAGGGGCGAUAUGGUUGCUUGGAAUAAAAUCCCAUUUAUUUUCUUAAUUUGGAAGUAAAAUGUAGUUUGCUAAACUGUCUCAAGAAAGUGUCGUGUGAGGAGAAUAUGCUAAAUAAAUGGAAUUUUGUUGCUGUUUUUG